GACGCGCAGUGUGGAAAGGAGCGGAGGAGCGGAGGAGCGGAGGCACCCCUGUACCGAGCCCACCUCCAUAUACCGCAUGGAUCCGGAGCUAAAAGCAGACUUUUGAAUCCGCGGACGGUUCGAGGUAUGAUCCGACUUUAUAAAAAGCGGACUCCGGUUGGAAAAUGAGGUUAAUAAAAAAAAAAAAAAGAAAGAACGGAACGGACCGGGUAGAUGCUGAGGAGAAGACGAUGGAUUCCGCCAGCUGAGUGGACAGGUUUUCUCUUGUGAGCCUUUGCAGAGAGUGGACAGGGACACUGACAUGCCCAUUGUCUCUUCACUGUUUUCCGACAGAGUGAGGCUCUCUUAGUGUCUCAGCUGUCCAUUGUGACUGUAGAGAAGAAAGAAACAUCCAGCUUGUCUGCAUAAAGACCUAUUCAGCGUCACAGCUUUUUUUUUUUUUUUUUGCCACCCAACAAUCGCAACCCCCAAGACCAGUCUCAGCACAAUCCCCCAUCUACUAUCUCCGUCUCCUGUAAUGCCUCGUCCCUAUCCUGGUCUCUUCAGCAGCUCAGUCAGAGCUUCAGCUUCGGCCUCUGCCCCAUUUGGAGUCCCAGAUGACAGCUCAGAAACAUCCGUUACCCUCCCACUCCACACAAGCCCUCUUUCCUCUCCCUCCAGCCCCCGUGGCGCUUGGCACCAAUGCCCAUCUCAUAGACAGAUGGAGCCAACCCUGACCCCUCUUCUCGCCCGUGGGGAUGCCAAAAGAAUCAACGCCUGACUAGAGGAAAGGUGACUGCUGCUAUUCUGCAAACAAAACGAGACAUUCUCUGGAUAUGUGAUUGUUUUGAUUGGAUGUCGAUGAAGGAACAAGGACAACAAUCUGUACGGAUUUUCAUUUACACAGAACAAAGACGCCUGAAUUGACUUGGCUUGUGUACCAUUUGGAUCAUUUAUGUACAAGCCAAACUGAAGAUAUCUACAGUACACCUGGCUCAGUCAAGCAUUUAAGCGCAUUCCACUCAUUUCCUGUCAGUCACAGCUCAUAUUAAUAUUCAGAUUUUCAGGAUUAUAUUUGAAGUGAAAGACUGGCCAUUGGGUAAAUUUCUCAAACCAAAGGAUUGAGUUUUGUCUGUGGUGGUGGCGGCCUUACACAUCAGGGUGGGAGAGGCAGCAGGAUGCCUGAACUGGAUAACUUUCCCCCCCUGAGGGACCACCGAGGCCCCGGGUCGGGCCUCAACGGUCCGGCUGACCCGGCUCAGAUUCAGCACAGCAUCCUGGAGGAGCAGGUGGAGCUGUGGUGGUUCAGAGAUCCAGGGAAGUCUGUGCUCUGCUACUGCGUGGCUGUGCUGUUGAUCCUGGGCUGUGGGCUGGGCGGAGUGGGCCUUCUCUCGACCACCACCAGCGUGUCGAGCGAAUGGAGGCUGGGUGCGGGGACGGCCCUCUGCCUGCUGGCCCUGGGGGUCCUCCUCAAGCAGCUGCUCAGCUCUGCAGUCCAGGACAUGAAUUGCGUUCGCAGCAGACAGCGGAUCGACAUGCUGAAAAGUGGCGGUUUAUCAGAUCUCCUUGUGGUUUUGAUCACUGGGCUCUCGCUGCUGAUUUGCGGAGGGGUUCUACUACGACUGGCCUUGGCAAACCACAUGCCGAAGCCCGGACAAGCCCUCAAUGACAUGUACAUCUCUGGAGUGGUUUUACUCGCUGGAGGAGGCGCUGCAGUGGUGGGUGUGGGAAUAUACUCUGUUGUGGUGGUCCUUCUAGAGAGGACAAGGCACGGACGAAGGCUGGUAGACCGGGUUUUGAAUAUCUUCACUGUCUCUGGACACAUGGACCGCCAGGCUCGCAGAGAGACCACGUCCAGUCUGGCUAACCUCAUCUGAUAUGUACCCACACUAAAGCUGUGUAUUUUGGCCCUGGACUCUCUGUGUCAGAUCAUUUAGCCUCAAGUAAAUUAGAGCGAGCUUCUUGUCCAAACAUUACAAGAAAUCUGGUUUAAACAAAGAUCCAUUUCUUACAUGCUUUUGCUUUAUCACCAGCUGAUUAGAGUGUGUUUGAAGAAAGAGAAACGAGUGGAAUGAGUAAUGUCUGCUUUAUUAAGAUGUUAGUAAUAAACUGUCAAAGAGAACAAGGGUGAAAGUAAUAGCCAAAGGAGCAGACUGUGAGAGUGUAGGCCAGGGGUUUGGUUCACACUGCAGCUGAGAGUCUGAGAGACUGUAGCAUGUACUUUACAUGUAAUCUGUAUUUGAAAUAGAACAACAGCGUUUUAUUUUUACUCCAAACUAAAAAGCACACACUUUUGCUGAAAAAACAGACUCUACUUGAUGCGAUUGUUUAUCUGGAUCAGCAGCGGAUUUGGAUGUGAAGGCCUCGUGUGACCAAACUUAACGAGACAAAUGGAUGUGAUUUAUAUUAAAUUCCUCUCCUUAGGAUGGGUUUAAAGAAAAAA